AUGGCAAUGGCUAACGUGCUGCAUAUGAAUGGGGGAAUGGAAGAGGCCAGCUACGCUAUGAACUCCCUGCUUCAGCGGAAGGGGAUAUCAACCACUUUGCCGAUAACAAAGGAAGCCAUAGCAAAACUUAUGUGCAACUCGAGCGUCGCCUUAGGCAGGCUAGCAAUUGCAGAUUUGGGCUGCGCUUCAGGGCCCAACUCCCUCUUCCUCGUGUCUGAGGUAAUCAAGGCCGCCCACAAGCUUUCCAACGAGAUGGGCCACGAAUCCACCGACCAGUUUCAGAUCUUUCUGAACGACCUCCCUGGAAACGACUUCAAUAACAUCUUCAGCUCCAUACAAGGCUUCAAGGAUUCUGAACCAUUGAUCUUCAUCACUGGAGUCCCUGGUUCUUUUUACGAAAGGCUUUUCCAAACUGAUAGCCUCCAUUUCAUUCACUCUUCCUAUAGUGUUCACUGGCGCUCUGAGGUUCCUCGAGGUCUGGAGGAGAACAAGGGAAAUAUUUACAUGGCCAAAAGCAGCCCUCAAUGUGUCUUAGAAGCCUAUCACAAACAAUUUCAGACAGACUUUUCAUCUUUCUUAGAGCAUAGGGCUCAAGAAUUGGUGACAGGAGGACGAAUGGUUCUGACCUUCCUGGGAAGGAGAAGUGCAGAACCUUUUGCCAAAGAGUGCUGCUACAUUUGGGAACUUAUGUCCAUGGCUCUCAACCAAAUGGCAUCUGAGGGGUUGAUAGAUCAGGAGAAAUUGGAUUCCUUCAAUCUCCCACUGUUCACUCCAUCCGCCAUGGAAGUGGAAGUCGAAGUCCAAAAACAGGGAUCCUUUGCCAUCGAACACCUGGAAUUGUGGGAUAUGAGUUGGAAUGCCUACGAGGGGGAAGUGGACUUACCUGAAGCCCUUCAAGAUGGUGGCUACAACGUUUCCAGGUGCAUGAAGGCGCUGUUUGAGCCGAUAAUUGCCCAUCAGUUUAAUCUUUCGAGGGAAAUCAUUGACGAGAUUUUCAGGAGGUAUGGUCUCCUUCUCUCCGAGUGGAUGGCUAAGGAGAGAGCUGUUCUCGUGAGUUUGACUGUCUCGCUCACUAAGUGGCGUUAA